AUGUCCGAGGAGUCUAAGCCAGUCGAGCCCGUCGUCGACGAGACGAAUGCCGAGCUCAAGGGCAAGGCAAUCGCUCAGGACGACCCCGAAGCCGAGGACCACGCCGAGUCCGGAUCCGAGGAGGAACACGAGGACCAACAUGCCGCCGAGGGUUCCAGCGACAAGAAGAAGAAAAAGAAGAAGAAGUCCAAGCGCGCAAAGGUCAAGGAAGCCUUGACCGGUUCCAAGUCCGCCCCGACAGAUGCCGAUUUCCACAAGGCCCUCGAUGGCCUCACUCCCCAGCAGGUCAAGGAGUUCCUCGCCCUCAACCCGGCCCUCGCCCAGGAGGUGUCCAAGGCCUCUAACAGCGAGAACCCCUCCGCCAACCAGGCUGCUGACAUGCUCAAGAAGAUGUCCCUCCAAGACAUCAUGACUGGUCUUGCUGCAGGUGGUAAAAACGCCAAGGACAUGGGUUCUUACAAGUUCUGGCAGACACAGCCUGUGCCCAAGUUUGGUGAAGAACCUACCUUGAAGGAGGGUCCUCUUCGCAUUCAGAAGGUCGAGGAGGUUGAUAAGGAGCCUGCGGGCCUCAUUCCCGGCUUUGAAUGGGUCACUAUGGACUUGACCAACGAGGAGGAGAUCAAGGAGGUGUACGAGCUGCUCAACAAGCACUACGUUGAAGACGAUGAGGCUAUGUUCCGCUUCAACUACUCGCCUUCCAUCUUGCGAUGGGCCAUGAUGCCUCCUGGUUGGAAGAAAGAGUACCACGUCGGUGUGCGCGCUACUCAGUCUCGUCUCCUUGUCGCUUUUAUCUCUGCCAUCCCGGUUCACCUACGUGUCCGCGAAAACGUAGUCACCUGCUCCGAGGUUAACUUCCUUGCCAUUCACAAAAAGCUCAGAGGCAAGCGUCUCACUCCCGUACUCAUCAAGGAAAUCACACGACGCAGCAACCUUGACGGAAUCUGGCAAGGUCUCUACACUGCCGGUGUCGUCCUUCCCAAGCCCGUCAGCACUUGUAGAUACUUCCACCGUGCUAUCAACUGGCAGAAGCUCUACGAGUGUGGUUUCAGCCCUCUCCCUCCUAACAGCAAGCCUCAGUACCAGGUUCGCAAGUAUGCGCUGCCGGACGACACCACCAUUAAGGGUCUGCGACCGUUGGAAGAGAAGGAUCUUGAUGCUGUUAUGGAUCUUUACAAGCGCUACAAUUCGCGCUUCGACAUGACACCUGAAUUCACUCGUGGGGAAGCUCAACAUUGGUUCUUGCCCAAGGUUGGAACCAACGAGCCCCAGGCUGUGUGGACAUACGUUGUCGAGGACGAAAACAACAAAAUCACUGACUUCUUCUCAUUCUUCUGCAUCGAGUCCACUGCCAUCGGAAACUCUAAGCAUAACGUUAUCAAGGUUGCUUACAUGUUCUACUAUGGUACGGAGGUCGCUCUGCAGGACAACUUCGACAAGGCUGCUCUCAAGAAGCGUCUCAAUGACCUGGUUCAUGAUGCGCUUAUCAUCUCCAAGCGUUACAAGUUCGAUGUGUUUAACGCUCUGACACUGAUGGACAAUGCGCUCUUCCUGGAGCAACAGAAGUUUGGUGCUGGUGAUGGUCAGCUUCACUACUACUUGUUCAACUACCGCGUCAACCCUAUUGCCGGUGGUGUUGACCGCAAAAACCAGCUUGACGAGAACAACCUCAGCGGUAUCGGACUGGUGAUGCCUUAA